UAUGACCUUGACGUAUAAAUAAACACAUCGAAGACACGUGAAAGUGUUGUCGCUUUGCCACUUCGCGACGACCGACCCUGAAGUUUGUCCGUUGGAUCUAAAAUUUAAGAAAUUUUCUUUGUUUUUAUUUCCCGAUCAGACAUAAAAAAACAACUUAUAAUAAAAAUGUCAUCGGCAGAUUCAAUGGACGUAGAAGUUCCAGACAUUGAAAAUUUGCUUAAGUUGGAUCCUUAUCUGAAACCUCACGAAAAAGAAAUUCGACGCCGAUAUGGAUGCUUCAAAAGCCUUUAUGAUAAAAUUAAUGAAUAUGAAGGUGGAUUGGUUGAAUUCUGUCGCAGCUAUAAGCAUUUUGGUAUUCAUGUAACUGAAAACAAUGGCAUUCGAUGCAGGGAAUGGGCACCUGGUGCAGAAGCUGUUUAUCUUCGAGGAGAUUUUAAUGAUUGGAAAAGAGUAAGUUAUCCAUUCAAGAAGCUUGAUUUUGGAAAAUGGGAACUGGAAAUACCUCCAAAUCCAGAUGGAUCUUGUCCUAUCCCACAUAACAGUAACAUUAAACUUGUUAUUUUAACUCCAAAUGGUAAAAUGGAAGAUCGUUUAUCUCCAUGGGCAACUUAUGUAGUUCAACCUGAAAAAGCUGUACUUUAUGAUCAACGAUUCUGGAAUCCUCCUCCAAAUGAGAGAUAUAUUUUCAAGCAUCCUAAACCAAAGAGACCUGAUAAUUUCAAAAUAUAUGAAUGUCAUGUGGGUGUAUCAGGAGAAGAGGAAUCUAUUGCUAGUUACUCUCAUUUCAGUAAAAAUAUCAUUCCAAGAAUAAAGAAACAAGGUUACAAUGCUAUACAGCUUAUGGCAAUUAUGGAACAUGCUUAUUAUGGAAGUUUUGGUUAUCAAGUUACCAGUUUCUUUGCUGCAUCUAGCCGCUUUGGAACCCCUGAAGAACUGAAAGAACUUGUAGAUAAUGCUCAUGCACAUGGCUUGUAUGUUCUCCUAGAUGUAGUCCAUAGCCAUGCAUCUAAAAAUGUCUUAGAUGGACUUAAUCAGUUUGAUGGUACAAAUGCCUGCUAUUUUCAUGAUGGUGGACGAGGGGAGCAUCCACUUUGGGGAAGUAGAUUAUUUGAUUAUUCACAGUGGGAAGUCAUAAGAUUUCUUCUUUCCAAUUUAUGUUGGUACAUAGAUGAAUAUCAGUUUGAUGGAUUUCGUUUUGAUGGCGUUACCUCCAUGUUGUAUCACCAUCAUGGCAUUGGCAGUGGAUUUAGUGGAGAUUACAAUGAAUAUUUUGGUUUAGCAACUGAUACCGAAUCAGUGACCUAUCUGAUGCUGGCGAAUCAUACUGUAAAAACUCUAUAUCCAGAAUGUGUAACCAUUGCAGAGGAUGUGUCUGGCAUGCCUGCUUUGUGUCGACCUGUUUCUGAAGGUGGAGGUGGUUUUGACUACCGUCUAGGCAUGGCAAUUCCAGAUAAAUGGAUUGAGUUGUUGAAAGAAACACAAGAUGAGGAUUGGAAUAUGGGAAAUAUUGUUUUUACUUUGACGAAUCGUAGAUGGAUGGAAAAAACUGUUGCUUAUGCUGAAUCACAUGAUCAAGCUCUUGUAGGAGACAAAACCAUAGCUUUUUGGCUAAUGGAUAAAGAUAUGUAUGAUUUUAUGUCUGUUUUCUCGCCAUUAAUUCCCAGUGUUGAUAGAGGUAUUGCCCUACAUAAAAUCAUUAGGUUAAUCACUCAUGCAUUAGGGGGUGAAGCUUGGCUAAAUUUCAUGGGUAAUGAAUUUGGGCAUCCAGAGUGGCUUGAUUUUCCCCGUGUAGGCAACAAUGAAAGUUACAAAUAUGCAAGAAGACAGUGGCAUUUAGUUGAUGAUGAACUCUUGCGGUAUAAAUAUUUGAACAACUUUGAUAGAGCAAUGAAUGAAGCAGAAGAUAGAUAUCACUGGUUAUCAGCUGCUCCUGCACAUGUCAGCUGGAAACAUGAAGAUGACAAAGUAAUUGCUUUUGAAAGAGCUGGACUUGUAUUUGUCUUUAAUUUUCAUCCCACUAAGAGUUUUCCAGAUUACAGAGUUGGUGUUAAUAUACCUGGAAAAUAUAAAAUAGUGCUUGAUAGUGAUGCAGAAGAAUUUGGUGGCCACAAAAGAUUGGAUCACAAUACUGAAUUUUUCACAUUUCCAGAGUCAUAUUGUGGAAGAGAGAAUUCAAUGCAUAUAUAUAUUCCUUCAAGAGUUGCUGCUGUUUAUGCUCUAGCUGACUGAGUUUGUUAUUAAACUACUUGGAAGUACAAAAAGGAUGCCAUAUUUUCCAAAUCUAAGAUGUUUAAAGAACAGAUUUAGUUUUUGUUAGAACUUUUAAACCACGGGUUUUGUAUUUGAAAAUUUUACAUACAUAUAGAAGAUUUGUGCCAUUGAAUAAUUGUAGAUAUAUUUUAUAUUUAGAUUUAUAUUUUUUUCUGAUUUUUUUUUGUACUAUUUCAAUAAAUUGAGAUGUCACAUGAAA